GUCCGCGAUGGGGCCGCGGGUCCUGCCGCGGCUCCUGCUGGUCUUUCUGGGGUGCUGGACGUCCGGGAGGGCCCAAGACGGGGCGACCCCGACUGUAACUACGGACCAUAAUAUCACCGAGAUAUCCCUGGUUUCUUUUGGAGCAUCGCCGUCGCCUAGGCCCCCCGGAACCUCCACAGCCCCCGAGUCUUCCUCCGGUUCCAGACCCACCCCGGUCACUGACGUGGCUGCUCUGUGUGUCUGUGACCUGUCCCCAGCACAGUGUGACGUCAACUGCUGCUGUGACCCUGACUGCGAUGCCAGGGACUUCAGCAUCUUUUCUGCCUGCUCCGUCCCAGUUGUCAGGGGUGACAGCCAAUUUUGUACUCAAAAAGCAGCCAUUUAUUCCUUGAAUUUUACCUCAGACCCACCUCAGAGGGUAUUUAAACUUGUUGACCAUGUCAAUCCAUCUAUUUUCUGCAUUCAUAUUGCAAACUAUAAACCUGGAUUAGCUUUUAUUGAUCCGGAAGUACCUGAUGACAGCAAUUUUGAUGAAUUGAUGCAAACAUCUGAUGGUUUUACAGUGAACACAGACUCAGAUGCUUCUUUCGCACCCAAAUCUGAUGCUCCCAGUAUGACUAAAUAUGAGUACGGGGCAUCUGUGCAGACGUCAGACUCCUUCUUAAGGUUUCCUUCACCCCUGACGUCAUCGUUGUGCACUGAUGACAACCCUGCAGCAUUUCUGGUGAACCAGGCUGUUAAGUGCACCAGAAGGAUAAAUGUAGAAAAAUGUGAAGAAAUAGAAGCUCUUAAUAUGACUUACUACAGCAGUCCUCAAAUUCUGAGGGUGCCUAAUUCAAGAGCCAAGGUCUCUAUCACCGUCCAGUCCAUUGUCAAUCAGUCUCUAAACAAAACGCUCACUUGGCUGGAGGCCCUGGAGGUGCUGCCGCCCUCUCUGAUCACUGCUGGGCAUAGCAAGAUCUGUGUGAAUGUCGUUCUGGAGGCCAAGUACAUCCUCACGUACAGGGAUGCAGGCGAGAUCAUAAAGGCCGACCUCGCCCUCCUGCUGGGGGCUGUCAGCCAGGAGGAAACCCCGUUGCAGCAGACGUUUGAAAUCCAUUUUGUUCAGCACAACGUAAGGCCCGUUCCUCUGAGCGGCAACCCUGGCUACGUGGUGGGGCUCCCGUUAGUUGCUGGAUUUCAGCCUCAGAAAGGGUCUGGGAUUAUUCAGACCACGAACAAAUACGGGCAACUCACGGUUCUCCGCAGCACAGCAGAGCAAGAUUGCCUGGCGCUGGCGGGCGUCCGCACCCCGGUGCUGUUUGGCUACAACCUGCGCUCUGGCUGUAAGCUGAGACUGACCAGAGCUGUCCCGUGUCACCUGUUGGUGCCAACCGUGAGAGGCCUGCUGAAGGGCCAGGGCUUCCCAGAUUACGUGGCUCCGUUUGGAAAUACCCGAGCCCAGGAUGUGCUGGAUUGGGUGCCCAUCCACUUUGUCACCCAGUCAUCCAAUGUGAAGCAUUGCGUUCUGCAGGAUUCUUGCCAACUCCCUGUGGCUUUGCUGAUAGAGGUCAAGUGGACCAAGUACGGAUCCCUGCUAAACCCUCAGGCCAAAAUCGUGAAUGUGACGGCGAAUCUCCUCUCAGCCUCCUUCCCCGAGACCCACUCAGGAAAUGAAAGGACAAUUCUUAUUUCCACUGCGGUUACUUUUAUGGAUGUGUCUGCACCUGCAGAGGCCGGCUUCCGGGCUCGGCCGACCGUCAACGCCAGGCUGCCCUUCAACUUCUUCUUCCCGUUUGCUUGACGUGAGUUGUGGCUUUAAGGAAAUGCCUUCUUGGCCUGAAGUGUUCACCUUUAGGAGAAGGGUGUGUGAGGGGCCCGAAUGCUUUCCCAAAG